AUGUCGGAAAAUAUCCAAGGCCCCGGUCUCCUUUUCGUGAACUCCAAGAUUAUUCGCCCAGAUCUCAUUGACGAGGAGUCGUUCUUUAAAUGGUACGAUGAAGACCAUAUUGCGGAGAUCCUCGCAACGAGCGGUAUCCAGUCAGCCUUUCGCUUCCUCGACGUCAACAUCGGCAGCGUCGAACGGCCGUAUCUAGCCAUAUACCCGAUGAGAGACAUUGGCUUCACGCAAACCGAGGAGUUCCGCAACAUCAACGUCUCGAGCGACAUGCUUCCGAACGGCGGCCCCAUUUACGACCUUGCAGACUUUGAUGUGCGGUACUACAAGUUGGUCCAGGUAUUUGAUCCCAAGAAGGGCAAAGCUCAGUACGAGCUGGGUGAGCUCACCGAAGAUGAGUUUGACAGCUGGUACAGGAAAGAGUUGGCCGGUGUGCCAGGAUAUCUCCGAACAACGAGGUUCAAGCUCGCCCUUGCUCGGUCUAACGCGCAGUCCCGCGCGCUGAAAGGCCUGUCCACAAAUGAUGAGCCCCCACCGCAACCCCCAAAGUGGCUGGCAGUUCACGAAUUUGAGUCGGAAGAAGUAGACCUGGUGUCACUCAGACAGCUGACUGAUACAGAGUGGACUCGUAAGAUCAACAGUGUUUCGAAAACGCGUGUAUUUCCAGUGUUCAAGAUCGCCAAGGCACAUGGCGCAGGUGACUGGUUUCAUGAUGUGGCUGAAUAG